CCUGACUCAGCUCAACAGUCUCCAGUCUACCAACUGGUCUCUGUAACUUCAUCUUUGUCUCUGUGGUGUACAGUCUUCAGGUGAUGAUGGGGGUAUUGAAUCAUCUCUUUACUCUCCUCCUCCUCUCUCUCCUUCCUCCUGCUCUCUCUCAUGUAGUGGUUAAGUUCAGUGAUGUUCCACAGUGCCAGAAGUUCUUCCUGGAGGGGACAACUCCAAAUCUCCCAGGUAUUUUGGUUGGUGGGAUAGUCCAGAACCAGAACCGCUACAAGCCUAUUUGCCAGUUGUACAAGAACAUCUCCAGGUUUGCAACUCUCUACGACACGACCAACAAGAUCCCUGUGUUCUCAGCCUACACCUUCACUGGUAAUAUAUCAGGUAGACCAAGUCAGUCCUGGAUGAUAGAGCCUCAGCUUAACUGUCACACACCAGUGAACACAGACUACAAAAACAACCCGAGUCUGGACAGAGGUCACUUGUUCCCAUGUUCACACGCACCUGAUAAUGAUACCAAGAAGUCCACUUUCACCCUGACAAACGCCGUUCCCCAAAACCACAACUUCAACCAAGUCAGCUGGAGGAUAAUGGAGGGCAAAGUCAGAGAAGCUCUUGUGAAUAACUGUAAUGAUAACAACAACAGGAUAAAAGCCUAUGUGGUGACUGGAGCCGUUCCCAGUAAGAACAACACACUGAACAACAGAGUGAACAUCCCUGAUCUCCUGUGGACAGCCUUCUGCUGUUACAACAACAACAUGAAGAACUGGACGGUCGGAGCAUACUGGGGGGGGAACAGAAACAGCAGUGGGAGCAUAUUGAACCUGAAAACCUUGGGAAAACUCGAAGCCAAGUUGAAGCAAAGCUACAAUGGUACUGUCAAGGUGUUUCACGAUAAUUGUCCAAGAAAUGUUCAAGUACAACAGGUUAAUACGAGGACCACGGAAGAGAUGGAGAGUGAAUGUGAUGAAAAUUUAUGAUUUUUGAGAGGGGAGCAGAGAGGG